AUGGCUCAGUUAAUAUCUCCUGUCUGCACAGAUGCACUUAAGAUUAAAACCCCAUCUAACUUUUUCAAUAUUUCUUCAAGAGGAAGAACCGCCAUUAGUUAUAACAGUAAUCCCUGCAGUGUAUUGAACUUGAAGAGAAGAGAUUUUGGCAGAGUCAGGGUUGCAACCGAUGGUCCAGCUUCCACAGAUGCUCUUGCGGAUGAUUACUAUGCAGUCUUGGGUCUGCUUCCAGAUGCGACCCCAGAGCAGAUUAAGAAGGCGUAUUAUAGUUGCAUGAAAGCAUGUCAUCCAGACUUGAGUGGUGAUGAUGCAGAGACCACAAAUUUCUGCAUGUUCAUUAAUGAGGUUUAUGCGGUGCUUAGUGACCCAUUGCAGCGCAUGAUCUAUGAUGAAAUUCAUGGCUUUGCAUUGACGGCAAUCAAUCCUUUCUUUGAUGAUUCCAGCCCAAAGGAUCAUGCCUUUGUUGAUGAGUUUAGCUGCAUAGGCUGCAGAAAUUGUGCGAACGUGGCUCCUGAUGUAUUUGGAAUUGAGGAAGACUUUGGAAGAGCCAGAGUAUACAGCCAGUGCGGAAAGCCUCGAUUAGUCCAGCAAGCAAUUGACAGUUGCCCAGUUGAUUGCAUCCAUUGGACUUCUGCGGCACAGCUAUCUUUGCUUGAAGAUGAAAUGCGCAGAGUAGAAAGAGUAAAUGUUGCACUGAUGCUUUCAGGAAUGGGAUCUGCAGCAGCGGAUGUUUUCAGAAUGCGGCAAGCUAAAAUAAGGAUGAUGAAGCAAAAAGAUUUUGAUAAAAAUGGAUCAUACUGGAGCAAUCUCUGGGGCAAGCAAAAAGAAAACAAAGGUUCAGAGGAGGAGACAAGAGAGAGAGCAAAAAGAGCCGCAGCUGCAGCUCGAAGAUGGAGGGAGUACUCAAGGAGGGGUGUUGAUCAGCCUCCCACUUUUAAACUUCCGGAGGCUAUCUCGAAUAACGAGAAAUGA